CGUGACUAGCAUGCUUUUAUGGCAUGCAGAAUUCAAAGUUUCUUCAGUUUGUGUCAAAGAUGAGCCGCGGUGAACUAAUUAUCGAUGAGAAUCAAGUGAAAGAGACUGCAUUACCUGCGUCUGGUGAUUGGGCUGCGGAGUACCAACAACGUUUUGACAAUCGACAUACUUGGGCUGAUGAAUUUUUAAAUAAUAAGGUUUCAAAUGUACCUGAACAGUGGGCAGAUGAGUUUACAACAAACGAGAAGCACAUAUCAACUGAUGAUCAGUGGGUAAAUGAAUUCUCCAAGUUGCACGUUAAUGAUUGGGCAGAAGAAUUUGGAGCGCAGGUUGCUAAAGGAGUGUUUGGAGAGAAUUCUGCUGAUGAAUGGGCACAGGCAUAUGAUGAGUACAUAAAUGAGCAGGUUGCUGUUAGGCAACGGCCAGAUAAUUCAAGGGGCGUCUAUGUCUUUUCAGAUUUGAAUCCUUAUGUUGGCCACCCCAGUCCAUUUAAAGAAGGACAAGAUCUAUUCAGGAAAGGACUUUUAAGUGAAGCAGUGCUUGCUUUGGAAGCUGAAGUCUUGAAAAACUCUGAGAAUGUACAAGCAUGGAGAUUGCUUGGUAUUGCUCAUGCUGAAAAUGAUGAUGAUCAACAGGCUAUUGCGGCAAUGAUGCGUGCACAGGAAGCUGAUCCAACAAAUCUCGAAGUUCUUCUUGCUCUUGGUGUUAGUCAUACAAAUGAGCUGGAGCAAGCUGAAGCUUUAAAAUUUCUAUAUGGGUGGCUAUGUAACCACCCAAAGUAUAGAACACUUGCACCACCAGAGCAUCCAGAUUCUUUGUUUUAUAAUGAUGUUGCCAGAUUAUUCAAUGAAGCUGCUGUAAUUGCACCUGAUGAUGCUGAUAUUCACAUAGUUCUCGGGGUCUUAUACAACUUAACUAGGGAUUAUGACAAAGCCAUUCAAUCAUUCCAAAGAGCAUUGAAACUUAAGCCACAGGAUUACUCUCUCUGGAACAAGCUUGGUGCAACUCAAGCAAACAGCGUUCAAAGUGCUGAUGCUAUAAUGGCUUAUCAACAGGCUUUAGAUUUGAAGCCUAAUUAUGUUCGAGCAUGGGCAAAUAUGGGAAUCAGUUAUGCAAACCAGGGCUUGUAUGAUGAGUCCAUUAGGUAUUAUGUUCGAGCACUCGCUAUGAAUCCUAAAGCUGAUAAUGCAUGGCAAUAUCUAAGAAUCUCUCUGAGUUGUGCUUCCAGGAAUGACAUGCUGGAAGCUUGUGAUUCACGAAACCUUGACCUUCUCCAGAAAGAGUUUCCACUACAGUAAAUUUUGCUCCGAACGAUUUUACUUUUCAACUACAGAGAGAUCUCCGAGAAUGUUGCACAAUCACAGUGACUGCACCUACAAUACUAGAUGCUGGACACAAUCCUUUAUUCUUGGAACAUCGGAUGAGAUCUGAAUCCAGUUAAGUAUGUGGAUCCAUGAAGUAAUCCAGUGUAGUAACACAAAAAGUUUUUGUUCUUUAUAUAUUCUUAUUUCAUUCCAAUAAAAUUCUCUCUAUCUCUGUAAAAUACAUUUAAACACAAACACUUGACUGGAUCCAUGUGUUAAAGGUGGGCAGGGGAAAAUGUUAGUGCACAUCAUUGUCCAGCGGAUUUAGGUCAAAUUACUGAGUCACUUCUGAAUAUUAAACAAAAGUUAAACACUGAAGAACAGCUGCAGUUCUGAAAUGUGCUAAAAGUUGGGUGAUGUGGCAGUUCCAUUAUUACGUUAUCCUGAUUAUGUAUAUAAGAUGAGGUCUGUAAUUUCACCUCAAGUGGUACUAUUCGAGUAAUUAGUAUGUGAGAUAGAAGUUGUAUAGGAUGAUGAAUUUUACUCCCUUGAAAUAUGGUACUGCAUAAUUUGUUGCAGGUUUUAA